AUGUCCCUUGCUCUGUCCCUGCCGACAUCCGCUUUCCUCGACGACCUCAUCCUCAACACCUCCUUCCUCCUCCCCAUCGACCCCGUCGAUGUCUCCUGCCAGAUCCCUUCUUUUGAUGUCCUCGCCUACUCUUCUUUCUGCACCUUCAUCCCUUCAAUCCUUCUUCCUGACUCUCCGUCUCCCGUCCCUGCCGCUGACCUCUCCUUCGCCGACAACCCCUCUCCCGACGUCCUCCCGCCUCUCCCCGACGACACCGCUCCCGUGAACGCUUGCCGGGGUUCGAAGACCAGCCGCUGGGACGCGGCGGCGCGGAGCAAGCACAGCUCGGCGUGUAGGGGCAGGAGCCGGCUGACCGCGCAGGACAAGGCCGACAUCGUCUGCCUCUACUACUCCGCCCCAGUGUCGGUGGGGCAAAGAAGGUCUAUGCGGCAGCGAGACCUGUCGAGGAUGUACGGCAAGAGCCGGGCGGCGAUCAGCAAGGUGCUGAGGCCGGAGUACGCCAGGUGGGUCAUGGCGACGGCUCAAGGGCUUAUGGUCAGGAACCGCAACGAGGUCCUCGAGAGCAUCGCGGAGGAGGAGCGUCUGAAGGAGGAGCCCACACAGUCUACCUGGACGGAGAUGAUGCGGCGAGGGUCAGGGGAGGGAAAGGGGUAG